CAUGUUUUAAUGCUAGCCUAUGAGUGCUAUCGUAAUGUGGGCCAGGUAGUUGUUAGCCUGAGCGAGGAAGAGCUUUCAUCACCAUUUAUCAUAAGCUUUUACUGUAAUGUUGUCAGUGUGAGAAACAUGGACAGAGGUUUAACAUGUAGCCUAUGUGCUCUUUGAUCUGCACGAUCUCCCUAAUCCACAGUCUCUAUCACCCCCGACUGCUGCAGCAUAACCCAAGCAAUUAGCUUAGGCUGGUUAGCACUUUGACUCCUGUCUACCUCUGCUUUCAAAAAUACAUAGUCUCCUUGCUUCAGCAAGGAAAUGCGCCCGACUUUAUUACUAAAGAAGUAAUUGAAGGCCUGGGUGCUUUUGUAAUUUCGCAUCUCCUCACGAUCUACACCCUCCGAAAAAAUAAAAUAAUUAAUAAUGUCAAUAUGGCUAACUCCUGGCCAUAGCUUCAUGUCAUCCACCCAACCUGUCAAUUAUGAGGGAUGUGGCACUCUGAUACGGUCGCCUUCACGAUCUUUUGUGAUUUCAUCAGCGGUGUGUAGCCACCUACUACUUCCCAUCUUGACAGAUUGUAGUUAUUAAAGUAUAAGAUAAUUGUUCUGUCACCGUAGCCUUUACGCGAGUGCUAGCAUUCUAUGUAAACAAACACUUCAACCGGAAGUAGAAAACCGUUUAGUCCGUUGAACCCGCUAUGAAUCAUGGGAAAUAGAACGGGCGAGCAAAAACUGUCCAAGACAAACGAGACGUAGUUUUUUAAAGAGGAGAGUGAGAACAUGAGUGAUUCAAACCCCUGCAGAAUGAAAGAUAUGGAGGAACAAACAGGCCUGUUGGAACUAAAUGAAAUGGAGGAGAAUCAUUUCACAGUUGGAGAAACAUCUUUUAGUUGCUCAAAGAUUGAAAAUAAUUUCACACGCAAACGUGCUCGAAGAACAGCAGCCGAAAAUCCUCUCACCUGCUCUCACUGUGGAAAAAGAUUCAAACGAAAAAUAGAUUUGAGUAAACACAUACGAAUCCACACCGGAGAGAGGCCUUUCAUGUGUCCUCAGUGUGGAAAGAGCUUCACAUGUAAAGCAAACCUUAAGAUUCACAUACGAAUCCAUACGGGAGAGAAGCCGUUUACAUGCACCCAAUGUGGAAAGAGCUUCUCCAAAUACGGAAGUCUUGCGGAUCACAAAAGGGUCCACACUGGAGAAAAGCCUUUCAUGUGUCCUCAGUGUGGAAAGAGCUACACGUUUAAAGCAAACCUUAAGAUUCACAUACGAAACCACACGGGAGAGAAGCCUUUCGAAUGUCCUCAGUGUGAAAAAAGUUUCAAACGAAAGCGAGAGCUUCUUACACACAUUAGAUCUCACACCGGACAGAAACCGUUUACAUGCACUCUGUGUGGAAAGAGCUUCACGUGCAACUCGUACCUUAAGGAUCACAUACGAAUCCACACGGGAGAGAUGCCUUUCACGUGCACUCAGUGCGGAAAGACCUUCAAAUGGAAAAGCAAUCUUAACGAUCAUCUGCACUUCCACUCUGGAGAAAAGUCAUUUAAGUGCGACGAGUGCGGUAAAACGUUUGCCUGGGCAUCAGGCCUGAGACAACACCUGAAAACUCAUUCAAACGAGAAGCCUCACAAGUGCUCGCACUGUGGGAAGGACUUCAGUGGAUCGGGAACCCUGAAAAGACACGAGCGAGUGCAUACGGGAGAGAAGCCGUAUCAAUGCAAGUCAUGCGGGAAAACGUUCAACCAAUCAAGUCAUCUACAGAACCAUAUGAAAAAAAUCUGCACGAAAUCGCAAAAGUGAGCGGAGUUCAUCUUAAUAGUUCACGCAGCGAUUUCAUCGAAGGGCAAAUUACCCGUAGCGGUGACAUUUGUCCUGGUUUAGCAUUAGACGUGUAAAUGGUGGGACACUUUUGCCUUUACACAGUUGCAUGUUUGGGAUAACAAGGAUGGACUAGGACUAAAAAAACAGCCCAUAGCGUACAAUAACUUGCUUUACUGUAUGUAUCACGUAUGCAAAAAUUAGUGUAUUUGUUACUCUGUUGGACGUGUCUUAAAUAUCUGUUUUUACAUUGCAAAGACGACACUAUUACAUUACUAGUAACCUGUUUAAUAGCAAAUAGUUUUAGUGAGAUUGUUUCCACCAUGUUUCAAAAUAAACUUAAAUGU